GCGGGCCGCGCCGCCAGGCCCACCUCCCAUUCCCAGGGCGGGCACCGGCGGAGCCGCACCGCGGGCCCCGCGCCCCGGGACAGGCGGAGAUGCGGCUGCUGCUGCUGCUCGCGCCCCUGCUGCUGGCGCCCGCGCCCGGGGCCUCGGUUCCCAAGGUGAGGCGGCAAAGUGACACCUGGGGCCCCUGGGGUACCUGGAGCCCCUGCAGCCGGACCUGCGGAGGGGGCAUCAGCUUCCGGGAGCGCCCCUGCUACUCCCGGAGGAGAGAUGGGGGCUCCAACUGCGUGGGCCCCACCCGGAGCCACCGCUCUUGCCACACCGAGAGCUGCCCCGAGGGUGCCAGGGACUUCCGGGCGGAGCAGUGCUCCCAGCUGGACAGCCAGGACUUCCAGGGAAGGCGGUACAAGUGGCUGCCCUACUACGGAGCCCCAAACAGGUGUGAACUGAACUGCAUUCCCAAGGGGGAGAACUUCUACUACAAGCACAGGGAGGCUGUCGUGGACGGGACACCCUGUGAACCUGGCAAACGGGACGUCUGUGUGGAUGGCAGCUGCCGGGUCGUGGGCUGUGACCACAACCUAGACUCAUCAAAGGAGGAGGACAAGUGUCUGCAGUGUGGGGGUGAUGGUACCACCUGCUACCCUGUCACGGGCACCUUUGAUUCCAAUGACCUCAGCAGAGGCUACAACCAGAUCCUCAUCAUUCCCAUGGGGGCCACCAGCAUCCGCGUGGAGGAGGUGGCCGCCAGCAGGAAUUUCCUAGCGGUGAAGAACGUCCUGGGCGAUUACUACCUCAACGGGCACUGGACCAUCGGGGGCGCCUGGGCCCUGCCCGCGGCCAGCACCGUCCUGCGCUAUGAGCGCGGGGCCGAGGGGGACCUGGCGCCGGAGCGGCUCCUGGCUCGCGGCCCCACCUCCGAGCCCCUGGUCGUCGAGCUCCUCAGCCAGGAGGCCAACCCCGGCGUGCGCUUCGAGUACCACCUGCCCCUGGGCAGCCCCCGGCCCGGCUUCCGCUGGAGCCACGGCUCGUGGAGUGACUGCAGCGCUGAGUGCGGCGGAGGUCACCAGUCCCGCGCAGUGUUCUGCACCACUGACGACGAGGUCUACCCUGACCACAGGUGCCAGCCCCAGCUGCGGCCGGCUGACCGCCGCCCCUGCAGCACUCACCCCUGCCCGCAGACCAAGCGGACCUCUUACCUGCACCGGCCCAGAGUGUGGCAUCUUGCUGGGGCCCAGCGUGCAUGCAGGAACAGCUGGAAGACGGGGCCCUGGUUGCCCUGCUCUGCCUCCUGUGGUGGUGGCUUCCAGUCCCGCUCUGUCUACUGCAUCUCAUCUGAUGGGGCCGGCGUCCAGGAGGCUGCGGAGGAGGCAGAGUGUGCAGGCCUGCCGGGAAAGCCCCCCACCACGCGGGCCUGCAACCUGCAGCGCUGUGCAGCCUGGAGUGCAGAGCCCUGGGGAGAGUGCUCUGUCAGCUGCGGUGCAGGAGUCCGGAGGCGGAGCGUCACUUGCCGGAGUGAUGAGGGGGCUCUGCUCCCUGCCAUGGCAUGCUCCUCGGAGCACCGCCCCCCUACCACUGAGCCCUGUGUGCAUGAAGACUGUCCCCCCAUCAGGGACCAGGCCUGGCACGUGGGCGCCUGGGGUCUGUGUUCCAGGAGCUGCGGCUCGGGUACUCGGAGGCGCCAGGUCACCUGUGCCAUCGGGCCGCCUGGUCACUGCGGGAGCCUGCAGCCAUGGAAGCCUGGGGAGGUGGAGCCCUGUAACACCCAGCCCUGCCAUCUGCCCCCAGAAGUCCCCAGCAUGCAGGAUGUGCACACCAGCCCCAGGGAUUCCUGGAUGUCUUUGGGCCCUCAGGGGGCCCCCGCCUCGGAUUCUAGACACCAGUGGUGGCUCCCCCAGGAGCAGCCCUCGGUCCAGGGAAACCCCAGAGGAGUCCAGGGCCUCCACCUAGCAGGCCCAGCUCCCACUCUGCCGCAGUCCCCACACCAGAAGCCCCUGCAGUCUGGCUUGGCACCCCAAGACUGCAGACAGAGCGCCUAUGGGUGCUGUCCUGAUGGCCACACCGCAUCUCUUGGGCCGCAGUGGCAGGGCUGCCCUGGAGACUCAUGUCAGCAGAGCAGGUAUGGGUGCUGCCCUGAUGGGGUGUCUGCGGCUGAGGGGCCCCAUCAAGCUGGCUGUGCAGGGUCUUACAGCAGUGACAACACCAGGAGAAGGCCGGGGUCAAGAGCAGUGGCUUCCACACCGCCUAGAGUCCCUGCCAAGAGCCAACUUCCCAACUCUGGGCUUCCUCCCCAGGCCCCCAAGGCCCACCAGCCCCAGGCUCAGCAGAAUGAGCCCAGUGAGUGUCGGGGCUCCCAGUUUGGCUGUUGCUAUGAUAAUGUGGCCUCUGCUGCUGGCCCUCUUGGGGAAGGCUGUGUGGGCCAGCCCAACUAUGCCUACCCUGUGCGGUGCCUGCUGCCCAGCGCCCACGGCUCCUGCUCGGACUGGGCUGCCCGCUGGUACUUCGUCCCCUCUGUGGGCCAGUGUAACCGCUUCUGGUACGGCGGGUGCCACGGCAACGGCAAUAACUUUGCCUCUGAGGAGGAGUGCGUGAGCAGCUGCCGGGGGCCUCAGCGUGGGCCCCGCAGACCGGAGCCCGGGGCCUCUGGCCAGAGCACCCAGGGAGCCGCUGGUGGCGGUGGGCCUGGAGGCCGGCAAGAGGGCAGCUGGCACAGGACGGGGGCCGCGGUCCAGACGAAGCCCUUGCCGCCUUCUGGUGGCCUCUGGUGGCGCAACCAAGAGCCUGGGCCAAGGGAGGAGUCCCACAGCCAGGCCUUCGGAGAACGGCCCUGGGGCGGGGAGCUUGGGCCCAGCGCCCCUGGACUGGGCGGAGAUGCGGGGCGCCCAGCCCCGCCCUCCCACAGCUCUUCCUACAGGAUCAGCUUGGCAGGUCUGGAGCCGUCGCUGGUGCGGGCAGCCCUGGGGCAGUUGGUGCAGCUCUUCUGCCAAGGUGGCACCUCCCUGGAUCCCCAUGCCAGGUGGCAGAAAGACGGGCAGCCCAUCUCCUCCGACAGGCACAAGCUGCAGCCUGAUGGCUCCCUGAUCAUCAGUCCCCUGUGGGCAGAGGACGCUGGCACCUAUAGCUGUGGCAGCAGCAGGCCAGGCCGUGACUCUCAGAAGAUCCAGCUUCGUGUCACAGGGGGUGAUAUGGCCGUGUUGUCUGAGGCUGAGCCAAGGCACUUCCCUCAGACCAGGGACCCAGCCCAGGGCCACAGUCCUCGGGACCCCAGCCUUGUGGGGGACAUGGGGGGCCUAGGGGCCAUCUCUUCCUUGCGGCCUCGGCCCAUGACCAGGCUGCUUCUGGACAAGAACCAACCUGGGGUGGUGGACGCCCAACCAGGCCAGCGGAUCCAGUUGACCUGCCGUGCUGAGGGCUUCCCACCCCCAGCCAUUGAGUGGCAGAGAGAUGGGCAGCCCCUCUCUUCCCCCAGACAUGAGCUACAGCCUGAUGGCUCUCUGGUCAUCAGCCACGUGGCUGUGGAGGAUGCUGGCUUCUAUGCCUGUGUUGCUUUCAGUGGGCAGAACCGAGCCCAGAGAUGGGUCCAGCUCAGAGUUCUGGGGGAGCUGACCAUCACAGAGCUGCCUUCUACUAUGAUGGUGCCAGAGGGUGACACGGCCAGGCUGCUCUGUGUGGUGACAGGAGAAAGUGUAAACAUCAGAUGGUCCAGGAACGGGCUGCCAGUGCGGGCUGAUGGGCAUCGUGUUCACCAGUCCCCAGAUGGCACACUGCUGAUCCAUAACCUGCGGGCCGGAGACGAGGGUUCCUACACAUGUAGUGCCUACCGUGGAAGCCAGGCUGUCAGCCGCAGCACCGAGGUGAAGGUGGUCCCGCCGGCACUGCAGGCCCAACCCAGGGACCUCAGAAGGGAGUGUGUGGAUCAGCCUGAGCUGGCCAACUGUGAUUUGAUCCUGCAAGCCCAGCUCUGUGGCAAUGAGUAUUACUCUAGCUUCUGCUGUGCAAGCUGCUCUCACUUCCAGCCUCACGUUCAGCCCAUCUGGCAGCAGGGAUGAAGGCUAGCUCCAGCCCUGGUCCUGAAACAACUCUCCGUCUAUGGUCUCUGGCUGGCAAAGGAUCUAUCAUCUGGAGAAUGGACCCUUUGAGCCCACUGCACCUCACCACCUCUCCCCCUAACAUUUUAGGCAGCUGUCAAGAUGAAUCUGCUUGAAUAAGGACACCCUUUAUGGCUUCCCUCUAUAAUCUGUUAUACAGGAUCAGUUCACUGGGUUCUAAAACAAGCUACUAGAGUUCUCACUUCAUUUCAACUGGGUCGGGAGCUGUGUAAUGGUUUUAAAAUUAACACGUAUCUCACAUGGGACACACUAAUUCCUGCCGUGUCAGGCAAUUUGUCUUUGCUAGAACUCCCAUCUCAUCCAGGGUCAAACAAUGGUCCAUAGCUCUAGUCAACCUCACCCUUCCAGGUAGUAUAGCAGUCAGCUUCAACUCUCAUCUGUAUGUAUAGAGCUCUUGCUAAAGUGGAAUAGGAUACAUAAGGCCCAGUACAGGAUGUGGGAUGAAGAAGCAGCAGCUGGUCACAUGAGCAUGACAGAACUAGGAGAGCUCCUUACUUUCAUCAGGUAGCUGGUGCCUGAAUCCCUCAUCCUGAGGCCACCAAGCAGAGCCUGCUUGCAAGGAUCACCUGAUAAGCUGACACACCUGCUAUGUACACUGACCAGCUGGGGGCCUCUCCUCCCCAAGCAGGAACCUGUGAGGCAAAACAUUUGCUGCCAGAUAAAAACCAGACAAUUAAAAACAGGGAUCAGCAGGGUAGGGGAGCAAUGGUUUCAGUAGUGGUUUGAGUUGGAAGAAGUCCUCCUCCAUCUCUCAGAACCUCCAGAUCCUUGCUUCUAAACAAGAGGUAUGGAUUCAAUGAGCUUCCAGGUUCCUUUCCCCUUUAACCUUCUGCAUCUAGAGGACUGACUGGGCCUGUGACUGAUCAAUUUGGGACAUAGGAGAUAGGCAUUACAGGGAAAGCUGACUUUCAUUACUAGCACACUGGCUGGAAAAGAGACACACUGCAUCAUGGUUGAGUGAUAAUUCUUGGUCUACCUCUUAUUCAACACAGGAAACCUGGGUUAGCAGCAGAGGUAUUUUUUUUCUGUUUAAAAAAAUGACAGAGGAGGAUCCCCUUUAAUUUACCAUGGCUGGUUUUGCUACACCAGCAAACUAAGGGCUACUUUCUUGGACUCCCCAGUUCUCCCCAAAUGGCAACAUCAUUCAUGAGGUAAGUUUGAGGUUAGCUAGCUCUUCUCAGAACUAGUCAGAGAAUAGAGGGAAAAGGAACACUUAAGCUAGACCAGUGGUUCUCAACCCUCUCCCAUACUGGAAGUUUUUUUAAGAAAAAACAACCAGCACCCCCGCCCUUUGAUUUAAUCAGUCUGGUUUAUAGACUGGUAGGAGAAUUUUGAAAGCUCUCCAGGUGAUUCUAGUAUGUAUCCAAGGCUGAGACUCACUGCUCCAGCAGGGCCUUUCAGAAGGUGAAGCUUGUUCCAGGGUGUUUUCUGAUUAUGAGGCUGGGGGUGCAGAGGGAUAGGACUGAGAUUCUGUACCUCUACUCCGCUCCUAGGUGCAGUCCAUGCUCCUGUUCCAGACCACACUUUGAGCAACCAGAAACUGACAUCAGAGAUAUACUUAGGUUCAACCAAAGCCUAAAGUAUAAAUACAAAUGUGAAUUUUAAGAAUAUACCAGUCCCAAUGGGCAAAAUAUAUGAAGGGGAUUAAUCCAGUGGUACAAUCUCCCAGUUAUAAGUCACGGAGAUGAAAAGUAUAACAUAGGGAAUAUAGUCAAUAAUACUGUAACAACAUGUAUGGUGACAAAUGGUGACCACACGGUGGUGAGCACUGUGUAAUGUAUAGAAU